AUGUCUUAUGUUCCACUUGGUGAACAUAUUGAGAGGGGGUACUGUGGUCUACUGGGUGGUCCUCGAGUCAAAUUUUUGGGAGUUGGAGACGCUAGUUCCGGACCCUCCUACUACGAUCUCAAUCUAUCAGACUGUCUUCGAGCCGUUCAAAAGGCCGUCCGCUUUGGCUUCCUGGACUUCGAUAAUUUCGACCUGGAAGACUAUGAAUAUAAUGAGAAGGUGGAAAAUGGUGAUCUUAGUUGGAUUGUGCCAAAUAAAUUCAUCGCAUUCUCUGGGCCUCACACAAGGACAAUGAUUGAUAAUGGCUAUCCUAUGCACGCACCAGAGUUUUACCUUCCGUACUUUCGGAAGAACAAUGUCACCAACGUGAUUCGGCUAAAUCAGAAGAUGUACGAAUCGCAUCGAUUCACUCGAGCCGGUAUCGCUCAUCACGACCUCUUCUUCCCUGAUGGUACCGUACCCACCAGAGCCAUCACUCUACAAUUUCUUGACAUCUGCGAAACUGCUCCUGGAGCAAUCGCAGUUCAUUGCAAAGCUGGUCUCGGUCGAACUGGAACACUAAUAGGUUGCUAUCUGAUGAAGCAUUACCAUUUCACUGCACCUGAAGCAAUAGCAUGGAUCCGCAUCUGCCGACCCGGUUCCAUAAUUGGUCAACAACAAAAUUGGCUGGAGGAUCAACAGGCCUGGUGCUGGGAGGAGGGUCGACGUGAGCGCCGAGAGAAAUCUCCCUCACCGCUACCAGUGCGUCGUAGGAGGGAUUUGGUCGACGCGGACAUUGGCGCUAAUCAUCUCUCCCGGCCCAUUGGCAAAGUCAUUUACAUCAAUGCAGAUCCGUUAAAACCACUGACGCAGGUGCGAGAUGACGCAGUGCUGAGACUUGGUGGCAUAGACAGCAGUGGUGACACCUCACAGACACCUCUUUCUACAACCUCUUCAACUAACGACCAAGUGGAGGUUCUGGUCAGCUCUCGACCCAGGGUGUAUCAUCACAAAGUUCAGAUGGCUGGUCGUUCCCAGUCACCUCCUGUUUAUGGAACUGGCGGUGAGGAGUCAAACGACAGCAAUGAACCGCGUUACUCACCAGGACCUUCCAGAGAUGUUAAUGGUGCACGAAUGGGUCUUGGUAUUGCGGCUAGUCGCUCAAUGGACCUAUCUCAAAAGCCAGGCGCCUUCAAGACGACACUCACACAGGGCGACCAACUAAAUCGUAUCAAAGUUAUUCGUAAGCGAAAUAAACAACGCAAAGAUGGCACUGGCAAAGAUAUCAACGCUCACUCCACUACGCAGCACCUUGCAAGUUCUUACCCCCAUGCCGGCCUUAGUGGUGGUGUUGGCGAUGAGAGCGGAGGCGCUUUGGACUUCAGAGAGAUCUAUAACCUGCAUGACGAGGUCACUGAGGAUGGUUCAACCACCGCAGAAACCUCAGACGUGGAGGCUUACAACCGAUUUUGCUAUGAUCCCGAGGGCUCACAGCUACCUUCUGUUUUUUUCCACAAUGUUACGCCUUCCCCAUCAGCUGGCAACAAGGAUCGAGUGGGAACUCCUGUCGGAGACUCUAUUGAUAUUCAACCGAGUAUGACUGGCACGUUAAGCUCACGCGAUAGCCUAAGCAGCAGCUAUCCGCGCACCCUAACUCCAGUAAACCUACCUCCUGCCACGGUCACAGCUCGGACCCCAUCAGAGAGCAACGUUCGAGCGCUUCGAGGUAGAGGGAUAACCACACGAGGCGGUGAGAAUUACCAUGAGACAGAGGAUGGAGGCACUGGUGGGGCUGGUAUUAGUGGAAGCAACGUUGGUAGUGGUCUACCUCGAACUGGUAUCACCUCCACUCUGCCCAUAUCUACUUCUCGUGUGCCUCAACAGAAUUCUCGCAUGCCUACCGUAACCAGAUCAUCACCUCAAAAGGUGCCUACGAAUCGCGAUGGACAUCCGUUGAUGUGUGUUAAUUAUGCUGAAUGUCCAGAAAGCCUCUCUCCCUCUUCUAUCAAUGCGCCAACAACCGCAGCAGUCGCUGGAGGUGCAGGAGUCCGUAAACGUGUGGAUUUUGCUCCGCCCCCACCCCCACCACCGCCACCGCCACCACUGCCAAUAUUAUUGACAUCCAACAGUCUGCCCACCUCAAAGAUACGAAGCACCGCCGAUACGUUCUACCAACGCCUCUAUCAUGCAAACAAUAAUGGAAAGAACGCUAAUGCUAACACUAACAUGGCCAGCAAUGAAGUGGACGACAAGGGCUACUACCUACGACCUUAUCGAAAUCUCCGAAAUCACAACAGUGGUGAUUUCACCGUCAUUAAGUACAACAACCCCAAUGCUCACACCACAAACGGCCGAAGUAGUGGCUCCCGCGGUCCCUCCCCAUCUCCUCUAGUUAGUUCUAACCAAAUCAGUCGGCAUCAUGUGCGCAGCUCAAGUCUGAAGCCUCACGGCCCACCAAUCUCCAGCAGUCCUGUAGUUUACGCCGACAUCCAAACCAACUCCCCUCCGGAAUUUGACUAUCGACCACGAGCAAGUGUGCGUUAA